AUGAGCCAAUGCGCAACUGAACAUGAGACGGCAAAGCAUAACCACUCAAACACGGCCUGCUUGAAGCAGGCCACGAAGACAACCCUCCUAUUCAUCCUGCACCAAUGGCUUCUCAUCGGGAUCGGCGUCGUCUGCGUCCUAGCCUACUACUUCCCGAACGUAGCCAAACACGGCGGCAUAAUCCGGUCGGAGUAUAGCAUUCUCUACGGCGCAAUGGCGCUCAUCUUCCUCAUAUCAGGACUAAGUAUCCCGCGCCAGAAACUCCUUCUUCACUUCCUAAACUGGCGUCUUCACCUCCUCGUCCAGGUUAUCUCGUUUCUCUUCAUCCCAGCUGUCGUUCUGGCCGUGGUCCACGCCAUUCUCGCCGGUGAUCCGCACGGCCAUAUCGACCGGGCCGUGCUGGCAGGUUACAUCCUCACGGCCUGCAUCCCGACCACCAUCGCCUCGAACGUGGUGAUGACAAGGGCAGCCGGGGGCGACGACGCAGCAGCACUGGUGGAGGUACUGAUUGCGAAUUUUCUCGGCCCGUUCAUCACAGCCGCUUGGACCGUCACUCUUUUACCGGAUACGGCUGAAUUCGAGCCCUGGAGGGACGGCGGCGGGGACCUAUCGGACAUGUACAGGGGUGUGUUCAAGCAAUUAGGCCUCAGCGUGCUCCUCCCCCUCGUAGUAGGCCAAUUGGUACGCUGGACAUGGCCAGACCAAACAGCGAGAGUCCUGCAGAAAUACCACAUUCCGAAGAUCGGAACAGUAUGUUUGUUACUAUUAGUCUGGUCGACUUUCUCCUCCUGUUUCGCAACGGGGGCGUUGCAGACUCUUUCGGCUUGGAGUAUUGUUUUCGUCGCUGGCUUUAACGUUGCUUUGUAUGUUUUUCUUACGGUUGUGUGCUUUUAUCUCUGUCGUCCGCCGGAUUUUCUCCGCUCUUGGAGGUUCGCUGUUAUGCCGAUUCCGCCGGAGGAGACUAUUGCUGUGUGUUUUUGUGGGCCGGCGAAGAGUACAGCGUUGGGGAUCCCGUUGUUGUAUGCUAUGUGGGCGCCUGUUGAUUUGUAUAUCAAGGCGAAGACGUCGGUGCCGGUUUUGUUGUAUACCACGGAGCAGAUCUGUAUUGCGCAUUUCUUUGUGCAUUGGUUUCGGAGGUGGUGUGCUAGGGUGAAUGAGAAGGGGGAUCUUGAGGGUGGUGAGGGUGGUUCUGGCAUAGUAGGUAUUCUCGAUGUUCUUGUUUUGAUAUCGUGA